GUGUUGCCAGGGAGACGACUGAAAACACAGUUUUACAGCAAUGGCCACAAGUGUCCCGAGUCGGCUGUGGGACAAAACUCGCUGCAGCGGCUGAACGCGGUCCUGCGAAGACCAGGAGAGAACUUGUGCUUUUCCUCGCCGUGUGUGAAUAAAACACACAUUCCAGAGCGUGGAAUUAUAAAGGAAUAACUGCUGCUUGCCUAAAGCCGUUCAGCUUCCUAUCUUUGAAGUGGAUGACAGAUCACAGAAAGAACACAGGCUGACAUCCUCUCAUUGCCGUGAAAUGGCCUCUGUUUUGAGCAGUGCCUCGUAUCACUCAAGCAGAUCUCAGUGAACAUUGGUUUGAGCUGGAUGCUGCUGCAGCAGGGAUGAUCAUGUCCCAUAUGAACGGUUAUGUACAAGAGGCCUCUGGUCAGGCCAAGAGCCACAGGGAAAGGGCAGUGGACUGUCCAGGAGAGGAACUUUGCCUUGUCAAAUCUCCACACUGCAGUGCCCACAUGGAGAGGAUUCAACACUACCAGGAGGAACUUAAGAAGAAGAGAGAGGAGGACAGCAGGGGGAAGCACGACAUAGACCCCAAUGCUUCACUUAGGCUCAAGAAGCUGUCACAGAACCCCAAGGUGGGCAUUGACAAUCCUACCUUUGAGGGGAAGGAAAAGGCCACCAAAGACUCAUGCUCCCAGGAGGCUGUAGUUGGUAAGUUGAAAGAACUGGUGGACCUGCUGCAAGCUCUGAAGUGGGCGCAGCACUGCCUGACUGAUGCGCAGAGCCAGCAGGAUGCAGAGCUGAUAAUGCAGCUCCUUGCCAAGGAGGACUUCAAGAAUGCCUACACCAUCUACAGUGCUGUAUCCCAGCAGAUGACCAGAGUCAGUCCCAACUCGCCCCUCACAGCACAAGCAAAGGAUCUCUGCCAGGAGGUUCAAAAGAUGCUCCAGUCCAGCCAACAGAUGGACGGUUUGGAGCUCAAGGCUCUGCUCACCAAUCCUCAUCUCCAGGCACUGAUGCAGGCCCAUGACAGUGUGGCAGGGCAGGAAAUGUCAGAGGAAGAUGUGGUUGAGUACCAUGGAGAGACAGUUAAAUUGGUGCGGCUGGAGAAGGCCCGCGACACGCCACUGGGUGCGACAGUACGUAACGACAUGGACAGUGUGGUGGUGAGUCGUGUGGUGAAAGGUGGAGCAGCAGAGAGGAGUGGCCUUCUCAGUGAGGGAGAUGAGAUCCUGGAAAUUAAUGGGAUUUCUCUCCGUGGGAAACACGUCAAUGAAGUCCACGACUUACUGCAACAAAUGCAAGGCACCCUGACCUUCCUCCUCAUCCCGAGCUCUCAGAUUAAACCUGCCCCACACAGACAGACUGUGAUGCAUGUACGAGCUUACUUUGACUACGACCCCUCCGAUGACCCCUUCCUGCCGUGUCGGGAGCUGGGCCUAUCCUUCCAGAAGGGGGACAUCCUCCACGUUAUCAGCCAGGACGACCCCAGCUGGUGGCAGGCAUACAGGGACGGAGAUGAGGACAACCAGCCUCUGGCUGGACUCAUUCCAGGGAAAAGCUUCCAACAACAGAGAGAGACCUUGAAGAGAACUAUGACAGACAGGAGUCGAGAGCACCAAGGGAAGCUUUGGUAUGCAAAGAAAAACAUAAAAAAGAGGAAGAAGAGCACAUCUACCUUGAGCAGAAAUACUGACUACGACGACAUCCUGACCUAUGAGGAGAUGUCGCUUUAUCACCAGCCUGCUAAUCGUAAACGUCCCAUCGCUCUGAUUGGUCCCACAAAAAGCGGUCAUGAUGAGCUGCGUCGGAGGCUUCUGUCCAUCGAACCAGAAAAGUUUGCUGUUGCUGUUCCACACACAACAAGAAACUCAAGGAUACAUGAGCGGAAUGGGCGCGAGUACCAUUUUGUGAGUCGGCCUGCCUUUGAUACUGACUUAGCGGCAGGGAAGUUCAUUGAGUCGGGGGAAUAUGAGAAGAACUUGUACGGCACCAGCACUGACUCAGUUCGACACAUUAUCAACUCUGGACGCAUCUGUUUGCUCUGCCUCCACACCAGGUCACUGCAGAUAUUGAGGUCCUCCAACCUCAAGCCCUAUGUCAUCUUUAUUGCGCCUCCUUCUCAGGAACGACUACGCACCCUGCUGGCCACAGGGGGGACGACACCAAAGCCUGAAGAGCUAAAGGAGGUUAUUGAAAAGGCCCGCGAGAUGGAGCAAAAUUUCGGCCACUUCUUUGAUGCAACCAUUGUGAACAUGGAUCCAGACCAGGCUUUCCACGAGCUGCGCAGGCUCAUAGACAAGUUGGACACUGAGCCACAGUGGGUGCCCACCUCCUGGUUGUGCUAGACGUCACAUGGUGUCACUGCACGGAGACUCAGGGUAAUGGGAGUGGGAAAAACGAAUGUUCUUGGAGAUUUAAAAAUGAAGGAUGGACAGUGGUGAUUGUCACUGGAUUUUCACUUGCACAUUCUCCUCAUUUAUGAAAGAGGUGAGGUUCACAUGUUGCAGGGAUGGACUCAAGUUUCUUAAAAUUCUUUAUCUUAUUCUUUGUGUGUGUGUGUGUGUCUGUGUGUGUGUGUGUCUGUGUGUGUGUCUGUGUGUGAGUCAUCAUGAGUAAUUUUUUUCUUUGUUCAUUGUUGAUCUCAGUUAUAUGCAAAGUCAUCUAUCAAACACAUAGACAUGUUUCUAUCCCAUCUUAAUAGUUAUUUAUAAUUGUAAAUAUAUAUUUUCUAGACAAAAGGCUCAAAUAUUUUAUUAUAUGUGUGUGUGAAUUGUACAAAAUUGUACACUCAACUGGGAUAGUGUUAUUGUCACAAUUGUUAAAUAGCUUUCUGAUGAAGCAGUAAGGCACCAAACAGAAGAGGAGCACUUGCUUGAAGUGGCUGCAGUGUAACAUCUUCCAUUCAGAAACACAGAACAAUCUGCUGUAACCUGCCCAGCUUUGGGCUACUUCCUCUACCCCAGUGUCAGUAUUAUUUUAUAGUCUCAUGUUCCAUAUACGCUGUGAUAGCAUACCUCAAAUCUAAGGUACUUUUUCUAGCUGGUUAUUGUUACUAUUAGUAAGUCAUGCUGCGAUUGUAUUUUUCUACCAGUAUUGUAUGAACAAAAAAUCUUGGUGUAACUCAAGCAAAUACGGGAUUGCUUCCUUGCAGAGUACAUAUUAAAUGAUAAGCACAAUUCUGGAAAAGUGUUAAUAAAAUCAGGUACACAUGUGAACAAGU